GGCAGAAAAUGGCCCAAGGCAGGUGCGGUACAGGUACAGACUACAGUCUACUGCGACAGUACUAGUGCAGCGCGCGGGCGGGCAAGCUCCCAAGCACCGCAGAGAGCAAUGGGCACCGCACCCAUUUUUUUUUCCCUUUCUUCCCAAGGAAGGGGGGCACCAAGAGCUCACCCAGGCCAGCCCACUGCAUAACAGUCCAAGUGUGGUAGCUGGGCAGGUCGCGUUCCCUCCCCACGCACAAUCACUCCCCCAUAGUAAAAAGGCUGCCUUGGCCCUCCCCAUACAUUCUCUCUCCCUCUCUUUUCUCCCAUACAAUUCUCCCACCCAAAAUCGCCUCUGUACUCAAUACGCUUCUGUACGUCUUCGUGGUGAGUACUGUCCUAUCCUCUCUAUCAUUCACCACAACAUCACCAUAAAAUCAAAAUUUUAUGUCUUUUACUUUCUGGCGUUGCGCCUGCCUUGCGGCAAGUUUUUGAUUGGACUUCGUUAUCGAUUCUUCUCGAGACGUUGCUCCAAACUGGACUGCAUCGCGUCUGUUGCGCAUCAUCUUCACCUCAAAACUUUGUCGCGCGACAUCUUUAUAAGAUAGCUAACGGAAGCGCAUCAUAGACUACCUCAACACCACAAAUUACUUUUCCCCAAGUUCACCUCCCAGAAAAUCAAUCAAAAUGCCCAAGGCUGCUGCUGGUAAGCGCGGUAAGGCCGAGAAGACCAAGCGCGGCAAGAAGGAUCCCAACGCCCCCAAGCGUGGCCUCUCCGCCUACAUGUUCUUCGCCAACGAGCAGCGUGAGAACGUCCGUGAGGAGAACCCUGGUAUCUCUUUCGGUCAAGUCGGCAAGCUCCUCGGUGAGCGAUGGAAGGCUCUUAACGAGAAGCAACGUGCUCCUUAUGAGGCCAAGGCUGCCGCUGACAAGAAGCGAUACGAGGAUGAGAAGCAGGCCUACAACGCCGACCAGGAGGAGGAAGAGUCUUCCUAGAAGGGAGAUUAUGAAGUCAAACCCAAGCGUCGCUCGGCGAAGAAAUCUGAAUCGGACUAGUCUCAGCACUUCAGCGCCGCGUAGCAGGUUAUUCUGCUCGAGUGGACCUUCUUCUUUGUAUUUCGGUCUCGGCGGUGUUGUAUGAUGGCACAGGAAGAGUGCCUUGUUUUUUUAUUAAGGAUUUCAAGGGUUUAAGGUCGUUCCACAUGUUAUUAUGAUCUAGAUUGCGGCCCAUCUCGGGCUGCGACCUCACAAUGAGAACCUGAUCACGAACUCUGGAGGAGUCCAUGGGAUGAGGAAACGAGAUGCCUGUACAAGUAAGGGAGCUUCGGCAUAAAUAAUCGAAAUUAUAAAACAUCGCAAUAUCUGCCACAAUUGUGUUCCAUGUGCGAAAGAUUCGGGGGAACCCCUAUAAUAUACCUCAGACGAUUACGGC